UUUUCUUUAUUAAAGCCAGCACCAGCUCACUCACCAAUAAUUAUAUUCAUCUAAUCACAAUUUCCCGGCAAUUCCCUGCUAUAUCCCUUUCACUCUCUCUAACCUACUCUUAUCUUCCUCUUCCUCUUCCUCUUCUUCAUGAUCUUCUUCUUCUUCAUUCUCUCUGAAACUCCAUCGAUCUAAACCAAACAUGGGAUCCAGCGGCGGCGGCUGCUGCCAGUGCUGCUUCAGCUUCAUCUUCACCGUCGGCCUCACCGCGCUCUUCAUGUGGCUCAGCCUACGCACCUCCAAACCCAGCUGCUCCAUCCAGUACUUUUACCUCCCUGCCCUCAACAAAACCCUAAACGACACCGGAAACAAAACCCUCUACGUUUCCCUCUGGUUAAUAAACGGCAACAAGGACAAGGGCAUUUACUACGAUAACGUCAACCUCACCUUCAGCCUCCCCAACACCCCCAACACCAGCAAGCAAGUAGUAGUAGGAAACGCAAACGUAACCAAGUUCUACCAGGGCCACAAGAAGAAGGCCCUCAAGAAGGUGGAGUUGGGGUCCGAUAAGCUCAACUGGACGGCGGUUAAUGGAUCGGUUUAUCCCAACGGGUCGACUCAUUUACGGGUGGAUUUGGAGACGAGGGUGAGGUUCAAGAUCAUAUUUUGGAGGACCAAGAGGCAUAGGUUGAUGGUUGGGGCGGAUGUGGAGGUCAACGCUUCGGGGACCAAAGUCAACAAGAAGGAUGUUAAGCUUUCUGCCGCAGAUCAUCAGCUUGCUUCUUAUUCUGGGCAGCUCUGGGUUUUGCUCAAUUUCUUGGUCUUCAUUUUGCUCAAUCCUUGGUGAUUUUUCUUUUUUGGUAAUAUUCGACUUGAAUUUUUUUCCCAAGAAGUAUCUCUCUGCUUUUAGUUUAGGAAGACACUGUUGCUAAUUGCUUGUAGGCAGAAGAUUUUCUAGGUAAAAAUAGCAGAUUCUUGAAAUGCGAUUUUCAAUUUUUGGUGGCAAAGUAUUUGGCUUAUAUUUUUUAUA